AUGCUCGACCUCUUCUCAGUCAGCGACAAGUUCACAGAGCCGGUGCGCCGGCAGGUCAUUCCACAGCUCCUGUUAUCUAAAUCCACCCUCCUGGAUGGGCUGCUGGCGUGUGCUAUUUCCUGGGCAGGAGACGUUGAUGAUUCCGGCAAUUUCCGUCGCUUGACUGCGUGCUAUAGGCAUGCUUCCUCUGCGAUUGCUACCCUCAUGACUCUUGAAGCGACGAGCCCCGAGACGAUGAUGGAGGCCCUCAUGCUCGGCGCACUGGUGUCGUCCUUUGCUGUUAAAUUACGCGUUAACGACGUGCUAGCUAUAUGUUCUAGGACGCUCGCCCUGAUCAAGCCUAUCUAUAACACGAGCGACCCGAAAGAGCCAGAGCCCUUGGUCUUUAUGAGCUGUAUGGUCAUGUGGGAGAUAAGGGGCUGUCUCUUCAGCUGUGGGAUGCCUACCUUACGUUUCAGAACACCUGAAAAGAGCUACGUCGAUCGUCACGCUGGCUUGUGUGCUUCUGUAAUACCGUGCUUCUACGAUGUUUGCAAGUUGAGCCAUGCGCUGUCUAAAGGACCUGUAGAUACGACUGAUAUAUAUAUGGAGCUCGAGUCUAUCGAGGAAUAUGUGCGCACGUGGCAGCCUGAACCGCCGGAAGACUUUACAGACCGGUUCGACACAGUCGAGGUCACCCAUAUGCUAUGCCAGGUUCAGGUCAUGCGCCAAGCGCUCCUAUUGAUCGCCCACCGCCUUCGCUUCCCAUUUGGCGUGAACGAUGGGCCAGCACAGAUACUUUCGUUGACCAUAUUGUCGCAGCUGGAAACGACAUUGACGGCUACGAGAAGCAUCGUGCGGUGUGUUGAUCUUGCCUUGUUGGUUGCUUGCUUGGAACUCAAGGGAGCUGAGAGGCAGAAGUGGCUUAAUGACAUUACCAAGUUCACAGGGUUUUCGCCGCAGUUUGGUGAACAUGUCAAGCAGACGCUGGAGUCUUUUUGGGCGGGAAUGGACUCAUUUGAAAUACUGUCUUGGAGCGAGCUGGUCAAAUUAGGAUCUCCUUUUCUACGGAACCAGCAUUUAAUAUAA